AUGGAUCUAGAUGCUGAAACCCCUGGAAGUCCGGAGGCUCCGGUCGUGGACCAGCAGGGUCGAUGGAAGCACCUCUACAAUGUCCUAAGCAAACCGGGUCCCUACACAGAUGAGGACUGGGCUCCUGGAUCUGAGACUAUUCAGUCUCUCGAGUCAUCCAAAAUUCUCGGUGCGGGAGGAUUAGGAUGCGAGAUCUUGAAAAAUCUGGCUCUGUCAGGAUUCAAGGACAUCCAUGUGAUCGAUAUGGACACCAUUGACAUCUCAAACUUAAAUCGGCAGUUCCUGUUUCGCCAGGCUGAUAUUGGAAAACCAAAAGCCGAAGUUGCUGCUGCUUUUGUUCAAAAGAGAGUGAAAGGAGUCACGAUCACGCCUUUCGUUGGCAAGAUUCAGGAUAAAGAUGAAGAUUACUACAUGCAGUUUAAGAUCAUCAUCUGUGGCUUGGACAGCAUCGAAGCCAGACGUUGGAUUAAUGCCACACUGAUCUCAAUGGUCGACAUGGAAGACCCCGAGAGUUUGAAACCGCUGGUUGACGGAGGAACCGAAGGUACGAGCUAUCACCCAGCACCAUUGAAGGGCAGGUCUAAUCUCAGAACAGGCUUCAAGGGACAGGCGCGUGUGAUUCUGCCCACGCUAUCAUCAUGCAUUGAGUGCCAACUUGAUAUGCACGCCCCCCGUCCAGCAGUACCUCUCUGCACCAUAGCCACCAUCCCACGUCAGCCCCAGCAUUGCAUUGAAUGGGCCCAUCAGAUUGCAUGGCAAGAAAAGCGCAAGGAUGACCCCUUUGAUAGCGACGAUAUGGAACACAUCUCCUGGGUUUACAAUGCCGCUUACGAGCGCGCACAGCAAUUCCACAUCCACGGCGUCACCUUCCAGAUGACGCAGGGCGUGGUCAAGAAUAUUAUUCCUGCGAUUGCAUCAACCAAUGCAGUGAUUGCAGCAUCCACUACUUCCGAAGUGCUCAAGAUUGCCAGCUCCUGCAACCCAUACCUGGACAACUACAUGAUGUAUGCCGGCGAGGAAGGCGUGUACACAUACACCUUUGAGGCGGAAAAGAAGCCGGACUGUCCCGUGUGUGGUAACCUCGCUCGGAAGAUGAACGUGGAUCCCAAUAUGACACUGGGUGAAUUCAUUGAGAGCCUGGGUGAGAGGGCCGAGUCUCAACUGAAGAAACCGAGCAUGCGAACUGAAGAGAAGACCCUCUACCAACGGUUCCCACCUCAACUGGAGGAAUCGACGCGGCCUAACUUGAAGUUGAAGCUGGCAGAACUACUCGAGGAUGGCCAGGAGAUUGCCGUUAGUGAUCCAGCCUACACCAUCGACUUCCGCUUCCGUCUUAACUUCAACUGA